CACAUCUCUCUUUUCUCUCCUUAAAUCCUAACAUAUUUUCACCUUCCAACUUAAGAAUCUUUAUCUUCACUUUCACUUUUAUUUAUGCUUAUCACUUCAACAUUCACCAAUACUGAAUAAUCAACUUCUCUAUUUUUCAGCGCUAUUCAAAACCAACCCCAUCUGGUUUUCUUCUUGUUUUAGCUCAAUUCUUGGUUUUUAAUUCACAUAUCAGUGUUUGUUGUGGAUGAAUGUUAAAGAUUUAAUCUUUUUGGUGUUUGUUGAAUAAUCAAAUCCUUAAUUUUUCAGCUCAGUUUCAAAACCCCAUCUGGUUUUCUUGCUGUCUUAGCUCAGUUUUUGGUUUUUAAUUCACAUAUCAGUUUUUUUUUUGUUUUGAUGGGUACUGAUUAUAGACAUGCAUAAAUGUUAAAGAUUCAAUCUUUUUGGUGUUUGGUGAAUCUUGGGUUUCAGAUCUGGAUUUAAGCUGCAUUUUGGAUUGUAGAUUUGAGGUUUUUCUAAGUUCUGGAUCUGUUUUUGUUGAGUUUGUAAGCAUUGUUUGAGAAUUCUUUUUUUUUUGUGUUGUGGGAGGUUUAUGAAAUUCUGUAAGUUGGGUCUGUUUUUGUUGAGUUUGUAAGCAUUGUUUGAGUAUAUAUUUUUUUUUAAGUAUUUUUUGGGUUGUGGGAUGAAGUGGGGUUAUGGGUCAAAGUCAAGGUGUCGCCACAGCUCAGUGGUUGCUGUGGCAGAGGAAACUGAAGGAAUUGAGAUUGAUGAAGUGUUUAUAGAGAGCUAUUGGGCUAAUUUGCCUUCAGAGUUAUUGAGAGAGGUACUUGUAAGGAUUGAAGAUACUGAAUCUAAAUGGCCUUUGAGAAAGAAUGUAGUGUCUUGUGCUGGAGUUUGUAGGAGCUGGAGAGACAUUAUGAAGGAGUUGGUUAAGACUCCUGAAGUUUCUGGCAAGUUAACUUUCCCUAUUUCUGUCAAACAGCCUGGUCCACGGGACACACUCCUUCAGUGCUUUAUAAAGCGAAACCAGGCAACACAGACAUAUCAUCUAUACCUCAGUUUGACUCAAGCCUUAGCUGAUGAUGGCAAGUUUCUUCUUGCUGCUCGGAAGUACAGGAGGCCCACCUGCACUGACUACACUAUAUCACUGGAUGCAGAUGAAAUGUCAAAGGGAGGUGGCACUUGUAUCGGCAAAUUAAGAUCAAAUUUCCUUGGAACCAAGUUUACUGUAUACGAUUCUAUUCUACCUUACGCUGGAGCCAAACUGGUGAAGAGCCGUUCCACCAGGCUUGUGGGCUCAAAACAAAUGAAUCCUAGAGUGCCUGGUGGAACAUAUGAAGUUGCUCAUAUUUCAUACGAGUUGAAUGUACUUGGAGCCAGCAGGGGGCCAAGAAGAAUGCAUUGUGUGAUGGAUGCUAUCCCAGCUUCUGCCAUUAAACCUGGAGGUAUAGCUCCCACACAGGCUGAUUUUCUAAUGGGCAAUACUGGUUCGGGUUCCUCUCUUCCAAGUCGAUGUCUUCGAUCCAAAUCAAGUCGCUCUUCAUCCGGGCCUAUAGAAACUCAAAGAGAAGGUUCACUGGUUCUGAAAAAUAAGGCUCCCAGAUGGCAUGAGCAGCUCCAAUGCUGGUGUUUGAACUUUCAUGGUCGGGUAACUGUCGCCUCCGUGAAGAACUUUCAGUUGGUGGCUUCUCCAGAGAAUGGUAUGGUGGCUGGACCAGAACACGAGAAGGUUAUUUUGCAGUUCGGUAAAGUAGGGAAGGACAUGUUUACAAUGGAUUACCGCUACCCACUAUCAGCAUUCCAGGCAUUCUCCAUAUGCCUUAGCAGCUUUGACACUAAAAUUGCUUGUGAAUGACUUCUCUUCCAGCGGGGCGUGGUUGCUUGGAAGUGCAAUAGUUCCAGUGGAAAAGCGAUUGAAUGCGAAGCACCAGAAUGGUGCAAAUGCCAAAUAAGAUGCCAAAGUUGAUAUCAUUGAUUCUUGUAUGUUGUCUCAAGGACCACACCAGAAAUGGGAGAGAGAAACUGAAGAACCAAAGAAUGUUGCAGCUAAAGAUUAGACAAAAAUAUGAUCCUCUAAACAUAUUUUGUACAUUUCGUGUUUCUUUGUACAUAAUUACUUGAAUCAUAUUUUGAAGAAUCUUUAAAGCUGUUGUUGCCAUUUGAAUUUCAUACCCUUCCUUGCCUCUCUA